GAUGGCUCGUAUAUUCAGCCGCGUCGCCAGAGAUGAAGUGGAUCUUCUGCUAGAGCAGAGCGAAUUUAUGGCUCUGCCCGAUGCGCAGCGAGACCUAUAUGUUGCAUGUACAUCAUCUGCUGCUGACAGAAAGGCUAAAGCUCAAUCUUCUGCAAUUCCUAUUAAGCAUUUCGAUGAUCCCUUUUUGGAUGCAGAGAUCAAAGAACAUACACGAACUACAACUACACCUAGUUGUGAAACGAAGCUGAUUCAGCAAAGUUUUGACUUUCCGAAAGCGACCUAUCGCCAGGUGAAUUUAUCACCAAUGGGUCGUAAAAGCAUCUUCGCGCUUGAGAUGGAACAAAAGCUGCGAACUAAAUGUAGGGAUUCCGCAGCAGCUGUAUCAGAUGCAAUCGAGGCUGCACGUCCAGAAGAAAAUGAAGGCCUAAAGUACUUACUAACGGCUGGCUCUAAAGUCAUCUCUGGAGCAGGUCUUGGCUUUAGAUGUAGUGAGGUGAAACGAAUUCACCAGGAGAACAUCAAUCGCCUUUCAGAAAUGUCUGAAGCAGACAUCUUGCGAGAGAGGGAGAUCUUGUUGUCUUCGAUGGACCCAUCUACUAUAUCGUUUUUCUUACACAAGGAUCGAAAAAUCGCUUGUUCCUCAGGGAACUGUCAUCACGCUAACGAGGCUACCGUCGCUGUGGAUUCGGGAUCAAACUCGCUUACUUCCAAGACCCAUGAUCCUUCAAAGUAUCCAAUUUUACCAAGCCCGAACAUCCCUCAUAUGAAUGAGCUAGAACCGGACAAACUCGAAUGGACUCUGGAGUUACCAGCAGUUGCUAAAACGGCACCAGGUGUUCAUAUGGUGCCAAAGGUUUCAUCCGACGAUGAUGAUAUUGAGAUGAUCGAUUCUCUUCGGGACCUACCGAGUAGAACGAGUAUUUCCGUUGAAUCGAAGCCAUGUCAGGCUCGGUUUGAUUUAUCUGGCUUGUUGGUUCAUCCGGACGCAGUUGUGGACACCCACCUUGGUCUGCAUCACCAUGGUGAUGAACCGGAGCGUGCUGGAUACACCGUUGGUGAACUCUUUCACCUUUCCCGUUCAAGUGUGCCUGCUCAACGUCGACUUGCUUUGGCAACUCUGUCCGCCUCCUUAAUUACUUCCCGCCGUGGUCUACAUGUACUCGGCUUGGCGCCGCCUUCUUCUCCCAGUUUGAUUCACGGCUUACUCUCAUCCAGUUUGCGGACUGAAGGUCUCACCGGCAACGAUGGCAUAGGUGGCGGUGAUGAUGAUGGUGCUGGUGUGGUUUUUCUACUCCGAUGGUGUCUCGAUGAAUCGGUGGCUGCUGUAACCAGAGUCGGUGCCGUGGCUGCUGGUGUAGGACAUCCCGACUCGGUGGCCACAGGAAUCGCAGGUGGUGCUUCUCUCAGUCUCACUGUUGAAUGCAUUCGAUGCUUUGCUAAUUUGCUAUCAGACAGCUUUGGCGAAGCGCUUUUGAGUGACUCAUUCGAUUGGGCCUUCCGGAUGACCACAUUCAGACACUUAUCCAUUGCACCUAGUAACAAUAUGCCAAAUAAAUUCGUCUCUCGAUCACAAAAUGAGUCCGAUUCCCAAGAAGAGGAUAUCAACCAUUCCAAGGUAGCAUCCCGUGAUCCGGUGCACUUUUUGUUCACCCACAGUCAUUUGGGCCAGCGUCUCUGCUGGCUCUUGUCGGGCGAGCAUGGAGAAGCCAAAAUAAAACUAUCCGCGGAUGCCGUUGGUGUGUGGCUUCCUGCCUUGCUUAUGCGUGCUGUGCGCCACUCCCCUGAACUGGCCUACCGUGUGUUCAUAAUCCCCAACCUAUUCAAGACAUUGAUGUCACACUUUCUUCCCAAAUGCUCCGAAGAUGCUUCAUCACCAAAGGGUUCCCUUGCCGAUAACGCUGUGGAUCGUCCGAAUAAACUGGUUGAGUCUUUCGGUAUCCCGUUUCCUGCGGUCUUGCAACUUUGUCGGAUUACACUGGAGACUAGUGGAAGUAUAAGGUUGGCGAUGGUGAAUGAUCUCCAAAUCAUUGAACGUUGUAUUUCUUACCUCGUUCCUUGCAACCUUGGGUCACAAACAACGGAUCCAGACACCACCACUCCAAAUUCAUUGGUCGCGCACUUGCCCCAGUGUUUGCCGCUAAAAUUAGCCCUCAAACUGCAGAUUGAAUCCCUGCACUGUCUAUCUUCCUGCUUAUCUCACACCAAAGAAAGUGUAGGAUCCGUCCCGUCGCAUGUCGCUAUUAUUUUGUGGAAUUCGUUCCCCUCCUUGCUAACUGCAUACGAACGAGCAUGGACCAUCUACUCACACGCAUUCCUCAUCGGCGUCCCAAAAUGUCCUCAGCCUGUCUCCGAUUCCAGCUUACUACUUCUUCCACUCCUUUCUUCAUGGAACCGCUUUGCUUGCUGCGCAUUGAGCGUCUUUGUCAAGCUACCGAGCUAUCCCCCCUGCAACCCCGUCGGAAAUUGGUCCCCGAACAUCGUCCUCACCUGGCUCCACCAAUUUCUGAAGUUCUUAUUCAACCUGUUGGCACAUAUUCAACUAGUGUUCCGGUCUCAUUUGGAGUCAUUGGUGGACACUGAAAUGCCUCUCAUCUAUUCCGGAGUGACUCCCAACCUCCUCAGUGUUGCAAUUGAUUCAACAAUUCAGUUACAUACUGCAUUCAGUCAGCUGGUUGUGCAUCCAAAACCGGUUCACACACUAAAUUGGAUGGAUUUGUACAACACGCAUCUCCUCCCACUGUUUUCGCAAGAAUUAUUGCUCCGUCAUUUGCAGCACUUUAUCCAUUUUGGGAGUGUUUUGACUGGUCAACCGGGUUCUAUCUACGACGUGGACCUUGUUACAGUUCCCCCAUCAUCCGAUUUCUCCUCAGCCGCGCCGCCAAAGAAGCACAGCUGUUCAGCGCUUAAGACAAGCUUUAACUGGUACGAUAUGCCCAUGCGUACUCCGAUCGAUUCUGGUUUGCUGGAGCCGGUAAACUUGGGUACUCGUUGUCUUCCUGAUUGGGGUAGUCGCGUUUGCUUUCGUUAUCUCUCAUCCGGCAGUGAUUUGGCCUGUUUAUUCUGGCCUCGCACCGGGCUUCGUGCCGAAGACGAGAGCGACACACUGUCUUCCAGUUCUACGAAUCCGCACUGUUUGUCACUUUUGUCUGCUCUCGUCUCUGCUCUGGAGGCUCUACUCAUCGACUGGCAUGCUCACAUGGUUGUCACUGUUCCGGAGAAGCUCUUAUCACCGGUGAUAGAUUGGAUCACUCGUUUUGCACUGAAGCGACCAUUACCGUGGCUACGAACUGGUGUGGAUACUUCGAACGCGAUGCCCCAUCUUUUGGUUGCCUUCGAGGCGGAGUUGUUAGGACGAGCAUUGCUGAUGUCUGCAAAGCUAGUCGCCCAGCAAUGCCCCUUGUCCUCCGCGCUGACACAACGAUUGUGUCUACAUACCAAAGGCAAUCUACUGUACAUCGCAGCCAUCCGGCUACUGCCGUUCCUUCGAGGUGGACAACUGUGGCUUUUAGACUCGUUGCUGAGUGACAUUCUGUCUUCAUCUGUACAAAUUGACUUCGUUUUACGACAGGACUGCUCGCUAAAGGUAUUCGCGAGCAGCCAUUCAACCACUGAUCUAUGCAACAUAGUGCAGAUGGUUCGACAUCAUUUGGUCUCCGACCUCACCAACGAAAGUACACCUCUCAAUUCGUUUCCUUACAAAACCGGUAUUGCUAUGAACACUGAACCACGUGCUCCUACUAAUCUGAAUGUCUGCAGCUCAACGCAAAAAUAUCCGAAGCACAACCUUCCAAGAGAGUCCGUGGUUGGAACUCUGGUACCUUAUGAUUGGGCUUACCUACCAAUCGUUUAUCACUAUGAGGCUUCUCAGCGCCGCCUCGCUUCUGGUGAUGGGGAAUUAUCUGUUGGCGAACAAGAGCACCGUCUUGAGGAACUGAUGGGCAACUUGAACUGGUUGCUCUUCCUCACCAAUUUGCAAGCCGACCUACAUCCUUCCGAUCCGGUGGGUUUACUGGACCCCUUGAGCCAUUUGUCUCAUCUUUGCAUCGGAUGGUUGUCCUACUCAGGCGCCGGCAGUUUAGGCUUCGGUAAGGUCGGCCUAAUAUCGGCAAAACUGUUGCACUCCAUCGGACCAAUAUCGGUGUUGCAACGACGCGCCGUCGGAGUAUGCUCGUUGGAGCAUUUGGAGCGGCUACCCCGUUCGUUCACUUCUUUCUAUGAUAUAUAUGCAAAGCUGCUGGAGCACUACGCCGCCCUAUCGUACAGUGCGCCGGUGUUUUCCAAUCUAAUUCUUUGGCCAUGUCAACAACUGUGUCACGUAAAAUAUCGCCGUGCGCUGUGGGGAGAGCAUCGGAGUGCGCUGGUAGCGGCACGACUUCGUUUGGAUCAGCUCCUUCUACCGAUCCAAAGCUUCUUGGAGCCAGAGGAGACAGAUGAAUCAAUUCUCUGCAUGUACGCAUCUGCCUUACUUUCUGGAAGCGUGCGCAAGGACAGACAUCCCGUUCUCUUCUUGAUCGCGGUUCAUCAUUUGAACAGGUGUCUUUAUCGACAAACUAAUGAGACGAAAUACGUCACAGAACGGAUUAGCAGCCUGUUAGGGGCCAUGCGUCAUCCAGGCAAAUCCCAGAUUAGCUCCAAAACAAUUCAGCUGAACGAAUUGUUCGAUGUGUUGUGCCGGUACAAACAACCCGAUGAAAAGUGGACCGGUCACAACCCCAUGCUGAUGCCCCAUGACAAGUUGCAUGUCGCGGUGGAGGAUAGCAUGGUUGUGGUGGACGAUGGAUUUACGCGGAUACCUGAAGUACGCGACUCCGUUGAAUUGCUCCCCGAAACAGGCAUGCAACUCUACUCACUGACGAGUUUGCCUGUGCAUCGAAAAACACACUGGGAGAAGUACUUCUCACGAUGA